AUGUUGAUACCUCUUGCGGCUGUUACUUCAGCUGUUCGAAGCUGCAUUAGGAAUGUUAAUCGGUUAUCGACCAGAGCUUCUCUACCGGAAGGGCCAUCUUUAGCGGAUUUUAUUGGAUCAAAAAAUAGAGAAGAUGCAGUAAGAAAUUAUCAGAUAAGGUUAAAGAGGGAGAGGGGCGAAAAGCGUCUCAGAUUACCACCGUGGCUAAAAAGGGACGUCACUCACGUGGGAGAAAAUCCAAAGCACGCUGCUCUAAGGCGGCAGAUGAAGGGCCACAAGUUAGCCACUGUUUGCCAGGAGGCUCGAUGUCCGAACAUUGGAGAAUGCUGGGGAGGCGCUAAUGGAGCACCAUCCACUGCAACAAUAAUGUUAAUGGGAGAUACGUGCACCAGAGCUUGCAGGUUUUGUUCAGUGAAAACAGCGAGAAAUCCUCCCCCUUUGGACUCCAAUGAGCCACAAAGUACCGCUGACGCUAUAGCCGAGUGGGGAGUCGAUUAUGUCGUAUUGACUUCUGUCGAUAGAGAUGAUAUUGAAGAUGGCGGUGCUUCACAUAUAGCUGAAACCGUACGAUGUUUACUUAGAAAAUCACCUUCGUUGAUUAUAGAGUGCCUUGUACCAGACUUUAGCGGUCGCCUAACUAGUGUUGAAGAAGUAGUACAAUCGGGACUCCAUGUUUACGCUCAUAAUUUGGAAACAGUUAGGAGAUUAACACCUGAAGUGCGAGACCCGCGAGCAAAUUAUGACCAGUCUUUAAAGACGUUAAAACAUGUGAAGAAGAUUCGCAGUGAUGUGUUAACCAAAACUUCGUUGAUGUUGGGGCUGGGGGAAACGGAGGAAGAAGUUUUGAGUACAAUGAAAGAACUGAGGGAAUUCGAUGUGGAUGCGGUAACUCUGGGACAAUAUAUCCAACCAACCAAAAGAAAUCUUUUGGUGAAAGAAUGGAUUACCCCUGAGCAGUUCGAUAAGUGGCGUAAAGUAGGCGAUGAACUCGGGUUUCUUUAUACGGCUAGUGGACCUUUGGUCCGUUCCUCUUACAAAGUAAGGGCCAGCUUCUAUACUCUUCUUUGUUUCAACUUCCUUUUUCUUGAUUUUUUGAGCUAA